UUUAAAGUCAACUAAAUAAAAACCUGUAUUUUGUGAAUGAGUUGCAAUAUUUUUAAACUAUCUAUAUUUUCAAUAGAUCAACCAAAUAUUCCAACACAUUCUACAACAAGUAAUUCCGAUGAAAUGUGGAAUUUGGAAUCAACCUUAGGUGCUACAUUACCGUCCACUUCUAAUACAAACACCGAGUCAGUUAUUUCUAACCAUCAUCAUCAUACCAACAGUGGUAGCAAUCUCAAUAAUAACAAUGGGCAUUUUGAUUUUGAUUUGAAUGGGACUUCAAAUAAUAUGAAUGAUCACUUUCCGCAGCAGUUUCAACAGCAGUCCACUUUUCAAAAUGCACAAACAUCUUUAACUAUAGAACAACAACAACAUCAAGAACAACAGACUGUACGUAAACGAACUCCUGCUGACUUUUUAGGUGAACAUCAGAAAUUAGUUGACUUGGAAAAGCUGAUUGAAAAAAAUCCAGGUAAUUCCUUGCAAAAUUGUUUUAUUGUUUACAAUCUAUUCACAUGUUUGAUUUCUCAAAUUUUACUGGUUCAGUGGUAG